GGAUCAGCGCCGCGACUCUGAAAAGGUGAAGAGAAUGUCCCAGAAGUCCUGGAUUGAACACAGUUUCACCAAGAGGGAAUGUGUCUAUAUAUUGCCCGUGUCAAAAGACCCGCACAGAUGCCUCCCAGGAUGCCAAAUCUGUCAGCAGCUCGUGCGAUGCUGCUGCGGGCGUCUGGUUCGGCAGCACGUGGGCUUCACCGCCACACUGGCAGUGAAAUACUCAGACGUGCGUCUGACCGAGGGCGGGCUGUCCGAUCUGGAGCAGUGGUCAGUGGAGAAGCACACGGAGGAGAGUCCCACUGACGCUUAUGGAGUCAUCAACUUCCAGGGAGGAUCCCAUUCGUACAGAGCGCAGUAUGUGCGUCUCUCCUAUGACUCCCGUCCGGAGGCCGUCCUGAGGCUCAUGCUGAAGGAGUGGCAGAUGGAGCUGCCGAAGAUCGUCAUCAGCGUUCACGGGGGGGAAUCCAGAACUUCGACCCUGCAUCCGCGGAUCAAGCAGGUGGUGGGGAAAGGCCUGAUCAAAGCUGCUGUCACCACCGGGGCCUGGAUCCUGACCGGAGGGGUCAACACAGGUGUGGCCAAACAUGUGGGUGACGCUCUGAAGGAACAUAUGUCCAGAUCGGCUCGGAAAAUCUGUACGGUGGGAAUCGCACCCUGGGGGGUGAUCGAAAACAGGAACGACCUCAUCGGAAGAGACGUUGUAGCGCCGUACCAAACCCUGCUGAAUCCUCUCAGUAAACUCAACGUGCUGAACAACUUCCACUCUCAUUUCAUCCUGGUGGAUGAUGGGACAGUCGGGAAAUAUGGAGCUGAAGUCAAACUCAGGAGAGAGCUGGAGAAACACGUUAACCUGCAGAGAAUCCACGCCCGCAUUGGUCAGGGCGUCCCGGUCGUGGCGCUGAUCUUCGAAGGCGGUCCAAACGUGAUCCUGACGGUGCUGGAGUAUCUUCAGGAGAGUCCGCCGGUGCCGGUGGUGGUGUGUGAGGGAACCGGACGACACACAAAUAUACAUACACAAGUAUCUGAACUGUCAUGACUCAUAACAAAAUAUUUACAUCAACACCACAAUCAAGAUAAAACCUGUGUGUGUAGAGCACUGCCUGACGGCGUUGAGGUCGACAUCAUUGCGACAAUCAAGAAAACGUUUAACUUCAGCCAGAGUGACGCGCUGCACCUCUUCCAGACGCUGAUGGAGUGCAUGAAGAACAAAGAGCUGAUCACAGUGUUUCCUGUGGGCUCGGAGGACCAUCAGGACAUCGAUGUGGCAAUCCUGAAGGCUCUGCUCAAAGGCACGAAUGCGUCGGCCUUCGAUCAGCUGGUCCUGACGCUGGCAUGGGAUCGAGUGGACAUCGCUAAAGAUCACGUGUUUGUUUACGGACAACAGCUGCUGGUGGGUUCCCUCGAGCAGGCGAUGCUGGAUGCGUUGGUGAUGGACCGUGUGGAGUUUGUUAAGCUCCUGAUCGAGAAUGGUGUCAGCAUGCACCGCUUCCUCACGAUCACACGUCUGGAGGAGCUGUACAACACGAAACAAACUCCGACCAAUCCGACGCUCUAUCACCUAGUGAGGGACGUCAAACAGGGUAACCUCCCGCCCAACUAUAAGAUCACGCUGAUCGACGUGGGUCUGGUGAUCGAGUAUCUGAUGGGAGGAACGUACAGGUGCAACUACACACGCAAACGCUUCCGCACCAUCUACAACAACCUGCACGGGAACAGCCGGCGGUCAGGACGACACACGGCCGGCAGCUCCCACGAGUCCUUCAGCAUUCAAGCAGAUAAAAAAGAGAAGACGCGACACAAUCACUUCAUCAACACGGCGCAGCCCUACAAACCCAGGCUGGAAUCUGUCUCAGAGCAGCAGAAGAAGAAGAGUAAGGAGGAGGUGGUGGACAUCGACGAUCCGGAGACGCGCAGGUUCCCGUACCCCUUCAACGAGCUGCUGGUGUGGGCCGUGCUGAUGAAGCGGCAGAAGAUGUCUCUGUUCUUCUGGCAGCACGGCGAGGAGUCCAUGGCCAAAGCUCUGGUGGCCUGCAAACUGCUGCGCUCCAUGGGAUACGAGGCCAAGAAGUGCGACGUGGUGGACGACACGUCCGAGGAGCUGAAGGAGUACUCCAGUGAGUUCGGCACGCUGGCGGUGGAUCUGCUGGAGCAGUCGUUCAGGCAGGACGAGACCAUGGCCAUGAAGCUGCUGACCUACGAGCUGAAGAACUGGAGCAACUCCACCUGUCUGAAGCUGGCCGUGUCGUCGCGCCUCCGGCCGUUCGUGGCUCACACCUGCACACAGAUGCUGCUCUCGGACAUGUGGAUGGGCCGCCUGAACAUGCGCAAGAACUCCUGGUACAAGGUGAUCCUGAGCAUCCUGGUUCCUCCUGCCAUCCUCCUGCUGGAGUACAAGACCAAAGCGGAGAUGUCCCACAUUCCCCAGUCACAGGACGCUCAUCAGAGCAUGGAGGACAGCGAGCACAGCCUGCAGAAGCCUGACGACAUCCCCAUGGAUGUGUUUAAGGAAGUCCGUCCCAAUGAGAACGCAGAGGUGAAGAGUGAGACGGAGGUGCACGUGCGUUCCCGCCGGUUACCCAUCACACGCAAGUUCUACGCCUUCUACCACGCGCCUAUCGUCAAGUUCUGGUUCAACACGCUCUUCUACAUCGGCUUCCUGAUGCUGUAUUCAUACGUGGUGCUGGUGAAAAUGGAAUCGUUUCCGUCUCCUCAGGAGUGGGUCGUCAUUGUUUGCAUCUUCACGCUGGCGGUGGAGAAGAUUCGAGAGAUGUUCAUGUCUGAAGGAGGCAAAAUCAGUCAGAAGAUUAAAGUCUGGUUCAGCGACUACUUCAACGUUUCUGAUUUCCUGGCCAUCCUGAUGUUCUUCGUGGGCUUCGGCCUGCGCUUCGGCUCGGGGAGCGUGUUCAUCGCGGGCCGGAUCGUGUACUGUCUGAACAUCAUCUUCUGGUACGUGCGGCUGCUGGAUAUCCUGGCGGUCAAUCAGCAGGCUGGACCCUACGUCAUGAUGAUCGGGAAGAUGGUGGCCAACAUGUUCUACAUCGUGGUCAUCAUGGCCGUCGUGCUGCUGAGUUAUGGGGUUCCUCGGAAAGCCAUUCUGUACCCAAACGAGGAUCCCUCGUGGACUUUAGCCAAAGAUGUGGUGUUCCAGCCUUACUGGAUGAUGUACGGUGAAGUUUACGCCUACGAGAUCGACGUGUGUGCGAACUCGAGCGAGGAUCACGCUAAAGAGCUGUGUGCGACGGGGGUGUGGUUGACGCCGCUGCUGCAGGCCGUCUAUCUGUUCGUCCAGUACAUUCUGAUGGUCAACCUGCUCAUCGCCUUCUUCAAUAACGUCUACAUGCAGGUGAAGUCCAUAUCCAACCUGGUGUGGAAAUACCAGCGCUAUCACUUCAUCAUGGCGUACCACGACAAGCCCGUCCUGCCGCCGCCGCUGAUUCUGCUCAGCCACGCCGCGUCUCUGCUGUCCUCCGUCUGCAGGAAGAGGAAGAAGGACAGCAGCACCUACGGACCAAAGCUCUUCCUGACCGAGGAGGACCAGAAGAAGCUGCACGACUUCGAGGAGCAGUGCGUGGAGACGUACUUCCACGAGAAAGACGAUCAGUUUCACUCCGGGAGUGAAGAGAGAAUCAGACUCACGUCCGACAGGGUGGAAACGAUGUGUGUGCAGCUGAAGGAGGUUGGAAACAAGGUGAACUUCAUCAAGCGCUCUUUGCACACGCUGGAUUCUCAAAUCGGACACCUGCAGGACCUGUCGGCGCUGACGGUGGACACACUGAAGGCGCUGACCGCGCAGCGAGCGUCCGAGGCUAGCAAAGUGCACAACCAGAUCACACGCGAGCUCAGCGUCUCCAAGAACCUGGGGCCCGACCUAACGGGGCACUCGAAGUCCAGCGCUCUGGUGCGGUGCAGCAUGGGAUUCCUGCCUCCCACCGCCAGCAUAGCAGAGUCUCUGUUUGGGGGCGGAGCUGGAGGCGGAGCUGAGGAGUGGCAGGGGGCGGAGCUUCCUCUGAGCCUGGAGGCUGGAUCGAGGUCGGAUCCGGCUCCAGCCACGUUCUUCGUCAGCACACCAUCGCAGUCCAGCUCACAGAUUCUCACACACACACGGAGCUGGCGCACGCCGGUGGAGUUCGGGGCCUUCGUGGGUCACAAGGAUGACCCCGAGGGUCAGAGGUCGUUCCCUAAAGAGGCUGCUGUGAGCAGCCGGCAGUCGAGUCCCUCCAGAAAGGCUCGGGAUGCGGGUCACAUGCGGACGGUGAACUCAUACGCCGGCUUCACCGAGUUCGACAGAAACCCUUCGUUCCUGCAUCCAGAGUCCACGCUCGGUAAGCAGGACAGGACGCGUGUGUCGCUGGAGGACGUCUCUCGUUAUGAGGAUCUGCUGCUGGGGAAAUCAGCACAAUCCAGCAGACUGUGAGUCUGUACGCCGGGCUGUGUGGACUGUGCUAUUUUGUGUGUUGUUCCAGGUCUGUACGCCGGGCGACACACACACUUGGGGCCGCGCAAGGACUCGAUCGGUUCUCCAUUCAAGCCCAUGGAGAGUUAUCAGUAUUCAGCGGUGGAGCGUAAUAACCUGAUGCGGUUGUCUCAGAGUAUUCCAUUCACCCCAGUGCCCCCUAGAGGUGAACCGGUGACCGUGUACCGUCUGGAGGAGAGCUCCAACAGCAUCAACAACAGCAUGUCAUCGUGGGCUCAGCGAGGGCUCUGUGCUAAGAUCGAGUUCCUCAGUAAGGAGGAGAUGGGAGGAGGUCUGGCGGCGGGCGCUGAAGGACUCUGCACCUGGUCCGAGUACGACAUCCUCAAGCCUGGACACCUGUACAUCGUCAAGUCCUUCCUGCCCGAGGUGGUCAACACCUGGCAGAGCAUUUACAGAGAGGACACAGUCCUGCACCUCUGUCUCAGGGAAAUUCAGCAGCAGAGAGCAGCUCAGAAACUCACGUUUGCCUUCAAUCAGAUCAGACCCAAAACCAUCCCGUACUCCCCCAGGUACUCACACACACACACACUCUCUCUCUCACUCUCACACACACACACACACACACACACACACACACACACACAGACCGCAGCGGCACAGGUGGCCUGCCAGGCUGAUCGGUCAAGUGCCAGAGAUUCUAGCUUCAUGAGCGGGGAUGUUUGCCCGCUUUAG